GGUUUAUUAGAUUGAUGACAUUUCGAAAAUGGAUGACUGAUUCCCAUCAAUGUUCUAAAAGUUCAUACAACAAAUGACGUACCAAUGUCAUCUAUCGCUGUUUUAAAUGAGACAACAAUUUAUAGACGACCUUUGAGCAACCAAAUUAGCCACUUAAUAAUGGAAAAUGUGCGAUUUACAAAACUAGAGAAGCAAAGAGAACUUCUGCGCAACAAACAAAGACAAAAAUAUGCACACCAAGUUUUGUCACUUCAAAAACGUACAGAAAGUGCUGGUAUCAGUAGUUGUAAAGCUGAUAGCUGGAGAGAAAACAAAUUGUCAAAUCAAUCGGCUUUUAGUUUCCCAAUAAAAAAUAGAACUGAUGAAAAUUAUUAUGCAUAUGACGGUCCGCAAUCAUGUGAUCCAUCAAAUCCUGAUGAUUUUCCUACAAGUGAAAUUCAAGUUAUUCAUGUACUCACAAAACCUACUGCUUUGGGACAACCAAGGUUUGAUCAAACAGUAAGACGCAAACCAAACUCUGAAGCAUUACAAGAUAAUGGAGAUUACAAAAGUAUUGAUAGUCUGAACAAUCUAACCAUCACACGGUCGAGUACGAUGUUGUCUUCUCUUGACCAAGAUACCUUUCUGGAUUCUACUGAGGAUAAUUAUGACGAAAAUUACGAACGAAAUGAAACUGCAGAGUCUCACUCUGGUUUUAUGACUCAGAAACAAGUAGUGAAGAUAUCUGACAAUCCUAAUAGUCAUCUUCACAAGGAUAGUUAUAGCAGAGUCACGGAUUUUACCAAAUGCAACAGCGAAACCUCGGAUACUGGUAAUAAUGCGGAUUCUGUUGAGAAGAAGACAAACGCUACUCAGGAAUGUGAAGACUUAAAGUAUGGUGAAGCACCUCAGUCCUUACUUUUAGAUCCAACUGGAAACUUGGAAGAAUUCAUCAUGAAACCUGCUCCUCAGGGUGUGACUAUACGUUGUCGUAUUACACGGGACAAGCGAGGUGUCGAUCGUGGAAUUUUCCCAUCAUAUUAUCUUCAUCUUGAAAAAGACGACUGUAAGUUCUUCUUACUUGCAGCCAGGCGUCGCAAGCGAUCAACAACGAGCAACUAUGUGAUUUCUUGUGAUGCCACCAAUUUAUCUCGUGAUGCAAUUAGUUUUGCUGGGAAACUGCGCUCUAACUUUCUGGGUACUCAUUUUACUGUGUACGGCUGUGAAUUAAAGUCGCAAGAUAAUGAAUACUUAAAUUCAGGGAACAAGGUAAAUGAUUCUGGUUCGAUAACAGCAACUACUAAGACACAAAAUAUGCAAGAGCUUGCUGCAAUCAUAUACGAUACAAACGUACUGGGUUUCAAAGGACCAAGAAGAAUGACUAUUAUUUUGCCGCGCAUCAGUGCUACCUGUCAGCACUUUUCAUGUCCUGGAAAUGAUACUACCUGGCUAAUCGACUCAUGGAGGAGAAAAGAUAUGCAGAACGUUCUACAACUACAAAACAAGAAUCCUGUUUGGAACGAAGACAACUAACUCAUUGUCGGAAAGUUAUCGUGAUCCAGAGAAAAACAAACUGUGGUCUGUAAUCAUAAGAACGAAUUUUUAAUGAAAGAGCACGACUCUGCGGUUGAGCAUUUCUGAAAUAUAAUGUUUAUAAAAUUUAUUUAUGAAUUCUUUGUCAUAAUACAGUAAAAGUGUAAUGCGAUAAACGCUUUUAAGUGUUGGAUUUCAGUCUAUUGUAUACGUGAGAUGAAAUUCAAUGAGUCGUUGACCACCUCAAACAUAUUUAUCAGUAUUUGUUUGUAUGCAGCAAAAGAUAUCAUUCAGGAAAUCAGUAAUUGAAAAACAGAGACUCCAAACUUUGCGAAUCUGUUUAUCCAGAAAGGUAUUUUCACAGCUGGCAUAAAAGUGUUAGCUAUUGGAUUCCAAAAAAAUUGGGUACAGUAAAGCAUCACUAAAUACAUUGAAUGUAAUAGUGAUGUUCUGCAGCAUCUUCUCAAAUGACUUACACGCCAAAGAAUUCCCAGUCUGUCAGAAUUGAUUGACUAUCGUCAGGAUGCUGUAGAACGCUCAUCGAAAUCUAAUGUUCACACUCAGAGAAUUUUUAUGACGUGUCUUUAUUCGUCGUUUUCGAUACAUCUGUUGAUUGUAUUGUUUGUCAUUUACGUAAAGUUGAAAUUUUUUCUUGGAAGGUUCAAGUUCGUAAGAUUUCAGAUAGAAGUAACGGAAAUGCACAAUUCCUCUUAUCAGUUCAGGGGGCAUUUUAUAUCUUAGUGUACAUGAGUCAGGUCCGAAUAGGUCAGAACUGACAUCCAGGAUACCUUUUUCAUUUCAGAUUGUUAUAAUUUGUGUAAGGACUGUUUUACCCUCGAAAGUUCUAUACAAAAGUAUGUUGAUUUCUUGGAUGACUACUACUACUCCAGGAUCUUACUUGCGUAUCAAAGGGAUAUCGAUAAAACGUUAUGGUCUGGGUUUUUGUGGUAGCCGGUGGUCUAAAUGGGUUGGAACUUCAGUUGCACCAUUCAAAUUCACUUUUUUCCCACUGAUGAUUCAAAAUUCCAGUUGUCCAAUUCUUCGAUGAAUCGUUAAUCUCCGUUAAACCACCAACAAACUUGCGCUUUCCUUUAUUUGUUUUUGCAGAAAGUAUGUCUGUUGGAUAAAAAUAUGCACUUACUUAGCUAAGGCUAUAAAACUUUAGCUGUUUGUACGUAGUUCGAUUUAGAAAGUUAUAUUUCCUGUACAAUAACGUGUUAGGACCGGAUGUUUUAUUUAGUAUUCCUUCACGUGUUUUCGUCAAACAGAAGUUAGUGAGAAAAAAUCUGCACGUUGUUUAACUUAUCAGAACUAAAAACCUUUUAUGUGGUUUGAAAUGCCAAACUAUUUAUUGGCCAACUAGAUAAUCGAUCCUUUAAACUGUUGUCAUGAGAUAUAUAAGCAUGUGGAACAAACUUUCGUGUCUCUGUGAAUGUCCUUCUUGACGAUUAGAGUGUUCUAGGAUCUCUAACUGUAAGCAAAGAAGCAGUCCUACUUAUCGAAUUCUGAUUUCAACUGCCAAGUAAUUGGAAGAAGUAACGACUGAAAUGUUUCUCCAACUUUUUUAAUUGUUCGAAUCCUCAUGGUAAACAAGCGUAGCUGGAUAAUAAACAAUAACAAGAUAAUCUCUAAAUACUUGUUCAUCGUCAUUAUGAUCCUUAUAUUAAAGUUAUGAACAUACUAGGUAGCAUAUUUCUAUGCAGAAUAAAUUAUUAAAAUUGACCGAUGUACAUAUGUGCCUGGUCCUACCUUGUAGCUGACUGAC